AUGGAAUAUGUUCCUAAUCUCGAACAAAUAUCGGUGGAAUUUGAUAGUUCAUUAGAAUUCGAUACAUUAUGGAAAUCAAACAUUGAAGUAUUGAGACAAUCAAAUGAAAAUUGGUUCAAUAAAAUACCAAAACUACAAGGUUUUAGUUUGAAAACUUUUAUUGAUGAUGAUUUAGAAUUUAUUUAUUUGAAAUGGCUUCUUAAUGAUUUAAAUUAUGUUAAAAAACUUUAA